UUACGCCGAGCAAGAUGGCCGACACGGCGGCCACUGCCGGGGCCGGCAGCUCCGGAACGAGAUCAGGAAGUAAACAGUCUACUAACCCUGCUGAUAACUACCAUCUGGCUCGGAGGCGAACCCUGCAAGUGGUUGUGAGCUCCUUGCUGACAGAGGCAGGGUUUGAGAGCGCUGAGAAAGCAUCUGUGGAAACACUGACAGAGAUGCUGCAGAGCUACAUUUCAGAAAUUGGGAGGAGUGCCAAGUCUUACUGUGAGCACACAGCCCGGACCCAGCCCACACUCUCAGAUAUUGUGGUCACGCUUGUCGAGAUGGGUUUUAAUGUGGACACUCUCCCUGCUUAUGCAAAACGCUCUCAGAGGAUGGUCAUCACUGCCCCUCCAGUGACCAACCAGCCAGUGACCCCCAAGGCCCUCACGGCAGGGCAGAACCGGCCCCAUCCACCACACAUCCCCAGCCACUUUCCCGAGUUCCCCGACCCCCACACCUACAUCAAAACUCCGACGUACCGUGAGCCCGUGUCAGACUACCAGGUCCUGCGGGAGAAGGCUGCAUCCCAGAGGCGAGAUGUGGAGCGGGCACUCACCCGUUUCAUGGCCAAGACAGGCGAGACCCAGAGUCUUUUCAAAGAUGACGUCAGCACGUUUCCACUGAUUGCUGCCAGGCCCUUCACCAUCCCCUACCUGACGGCUCUUCUGCCGUCUGAGCUGGAGAUGCAACAAAUGGAGGAGACAGAUUCCUCGGAGCAGGAUGAGCAGACGGACACCGAGAACCUCCCUCUUCACAUCAGCACGGAUGAUUCUGGAGCCGAGAAGGAGAACACCUCCGUCCUGCAGCAGAACCCCUCCUUGCCGGGGAGCCGGAACGGGGAGGAGAACAUCAUUGAUAACCCCUAUCUACGGCCCGUGAAGAAACCCAAGAUCCGCAGGAAGAAGUCCCUCUCGUGAGCUGAAAGGAAGCCUGCCUUGUACAGGAACGUGGACACCACCCUCCUUGGGGAGUUAAAGCCACUCAAGGGAAGAAGAGAGGGUGGCCUCCUCGUGGUCAUGCCCAGGCUGCCAGAGUGUGACCAGGCAUGAUUUUAAUAGCAAACUCUAUAUAAAGAUGACCUAUUGCCACUGGAUGUUUGGGGUGAGAAAGCUAUGAUGGUAAUAAUGAGGCUUUCUUAAUCAACCAGGCCACACUGUGGGGUAUAGGAGCAGCCGGUGACUUCAUUCACUGUCAUGGGACUUGAUUCCUUGGAGACCUGGAAGACCGACCUGGGAAGGCGGUAGGAAAGAGAGGGUUCUGGGCCUGCUUUGCCUCCUGCCAGAAAGACUGUUUGUCUGGUUUGUUUUUCAGGAUGUCUAGACCCAUUUUAUUGACUCACAAAUAAUUUAUGGCACCAAUUUAUCAUCCUAGAACCUCAUUCUUGUUUCUCUCCUCACAUGGGCUCCAAGUGCCCUGUUGAGCUGAUCAGAGGUGACUUUACCCUCCAUCAUCAUGUUGGAAACAGGCCCACACACCACAACCCUGACCUGGGGCUGGCAGGAGUCAGGAGGCGGGAGCAGAGACGUUCAUGUGGAGGAGAGUGACUCGUAAGGGUUCUCUCAGCGUCUGAUGAAAGCUCCCUAAAGCCGGGCAGCACUCUCCUGACAGAUUUGUCCCUCGGUGGGAUGUGUGCUGGGGAACUACCAAGUCCUGCCCCAUCCUGGGAAAGAGGUUUUCUCUGACAAGAGCCUAGAUCGGUGGAUAUAUCAUGCUGUGACUUGAUAGAGGAAUCAUUGAUUUUAAACAGGAAAAGGAUUUGAUAGGGGUGGGGGGAGGGAUGAGAUUUUGAGAGCUGGGCCUGGCUUUGUAACCUGGCCAGUCUGCUGGAAGGCUGGCGUGGAGGGGAGGCCAUGUUCCCACCUUAUGGUGGAAGUGGGCUGAGAGGAGCCUGCAGGCCAAGCCAAGGUCUGCUUCCAGGAGCAGGUCUGAAUCCGUUCAACCUCCUUGCUUCUUGGGGGAAGAAGGCUUCAUCCCUGAUGUACCCUACAAACCAAAGUACAAGUGUUUAAGGAAAAUGCUGGGCGAGCUGAUACACUUUGGCUGGUCUCCAAAGGAAGAGAUUUUAAAACCAAGUCCAAGGAAGAAAUAUGCCGGCGAUACCUGGAGGUUCCUGCAGGAUAAACGGGGAGUUCCCUAGGUUAGCAUCCGACGGUCCGUAUUGAACCUCCUUACACUCAGCUUCCACAGUCAUUUCCUGAUCUUCCAUCCUCCUGGUGAAUUUGAAAACUCGAAAAACUUGGUGACUAGACAGCAGGCUCCGUGUACCUCUGGCCUCACUGUUCUCUAGGGCGCUCCAUCCAAUCGCCUGGAAGGAGAGAGCUGCGUGUCAGCAACUGAAGAGGGGAUGCUAGUGAGAAAAUCAGAUUCCCCGACUCUGCACCAAAUAAGAGUUUUUCAUGUUGGUAGUGACGUGAAAUUCUUCCAGUUGAAAGCAGUCGGAUCGAGCCUGUGCUGAGCCCUCGGAGUCUGUGAUUUGGCUCUUGGCGAUUCUUGGCCUGCUGAGUUUAAACCCGGGUUUGAGCCAUGGCACAUGCAGGGCUGGAGCCUUCCCGGCUUGCUGUUCACACUGCUCUCGGGAGCGGCCAUCCCAGUCAGCAUCUCUGCAGGUCCUCUUUGGCCGUCACCAUCCAGAGCAAACCCCUGUCGAAGGCCUCAUGCUAAAGGCUGACGUGGGGUUUGGAAGAAGGGACGUUUCUGCUGUCGAGAUUUCAGAGGCUGCACUGCCGUCAUUCUGUUCUGGAUGAGAGACACUGAAACGCUGACCCCACUAUUGUUGUGUAAAAACUGCAUAAUGCUCAAUGUAUAUUUAUAGAUUUUUAUUUUUUAUAACUUUGGGGGAAUUCCUGGAGGGAAAAAGUAGUAAACAGAGCCAGAUUAAAAGUGUCAUUUAUGAGCUCUUAAUAAAAGGUCAUAAUAAAAACUUUGCAAAUGAAACAGAA